CUGAGAUAUAUCCCAGGAGUCGUUUAUACAUCGCCGCCAGUGCAGAGACCCCCGGACAAAGCCGGACCCCGCACCUCCCGCAAAGGCCGCACUGAUAACGGAGGAUUCCAGUGUCUCCUGCCGAGACGCGACAGCGCUGUACAGCCAGAAGCUUCGAAGGGGUCCCGGGCAGGAUGAAGGGGCUAUGGCCGCUCUGUCGGGGGCUCCGGCUGCUGAGGACACGUGGAUCCAUCCGGAGGCUCCACCAGAGCGGGAUGUGCAUGGCCGCCGACGAGCCGCAGUCAAGCUUCCAGCCAUCGUUUGGCCUGCUCUUCGACAUUGAUGGAGUACUUGUCCGAGGAAAGACCCCGAUCCCUGCUGCUAAAAAAGCCUUUCAGAAGUUGGUGAACAGCCAAGGCCAAUUCUUGGUGCCUGUCGUAUUUGUCACCAAUGCUGGAAACUGCCUCCGUCAGACCAAAGCUGAUCAGCUGUCAGACAUACUCGGCGUGCCGAUUUCUCAGGAUCAAGUGAUGAUGUCGCACAGUCCUCUGCGCAUUUUCAGGCAGUAUCACAAUAAGUGUGUCUUGGUGUCUGGACAAGGACCUACUCUCGAUAUUGCAAAAUAUUUAGGAUUUUCGAAUCCUAUCACAAUAGACUCUGUGCUGGAGUCAUACCCUUUCCUGGAUAUGGUGGAUCAUAGUAGAAGACCUAAAAUUCUGCCAUCUGCAGCCGUGAAUCUUCCCAAAAUAGAAGCUGUGAUCCUCUUUGGAGAACCUGUUCGAUGGGAAACCAACCUUCAGAUCAUCAUGGAUGUUUUGCUGACUGACGGUCACCCUGCGAAUCCCCAUCAGCCUGCCAAUUAUCCACAUAUCCCAAUUCUGGCCUGUAACAUGGAUCUGAUGUGGAUGGCUGAGGCUCACUCACCCAGGUUCGGCCAUGGCAUCUUCAUGGUUUGUUUAGAGAACAUCUAUAAGAAGAUUACAGGGAAGGAGCUGAAAUACGAAGCCUUGAUGGGAAAACCCAGUGAGGUGACCUAUCACUAUGCAGAAUACCUCAUCCGGACCAAAGCAGCUGAGAUGCAGUGGAAGAACCCCGUCCAAACACUUUAUGCAAUAGGGGACAAUUUAAUGACUGAUAUUUAUGGUGGUAACCUCUACAACCGCUACCUUGAGAAGGGGAACUCCAGAAAAGGCUCCACGGCAUUGGUGCAAGCUGGCUCUGGAGCGCGAGUAACCACGGUGUCUCAGGAGGAGGAAGCGGCGUGGGAAAGUGAGCUCUCCUAUCCCAGCGCGACUCAGUGCAAGUCCGUUCUCGUGUGCACUGGGAUCUACAAUCCUCAUGCCGAAGUGCCUGCCGACCCUUCACAGUCUGUUACUGAAACCGUAUUUCACGGCCAUCGGGAUUUCAGGAUUGAUCCAGCCUUGAUUGAACCAGGGCACAUUGUUCCUGAUGUGAAUGCCGCCGUCGACCUGAUCUUCCAACUAGAAACCUUUGUGCCAAACAGUGAUAAGAGGACUUUAUAAAGAUUUCUAUAUAGUUUUAAAUAGAUAUAUAUACACUUACUAUCAGGAUAUAACCCAGUUAACCUCAAAGUUCUGAUGUUUGUCAUUGUUGCUGCACUUUACCAUUUCUCUGACUCUCGUCUCUCGUACUUUUAAAUCUAUUAUCCCUAAAUCUUUUAAAAAUAAUAUAUAGACACGUUUUAAGUAUUUAUAUUGUUUUAUGUGAUAGGAAUAUUGCACAAAACAAGCAAAUUACCAGGUAGCUAAAUGGAAGAAAAAAAAAAAAGUGACCCCCUUCAUUUGUGUCAUGUAUAUGAUUUGUGUUGUUAUAUCUCCUAUAUACUCUGACUUAGGGCUGGUUACAUGGAAGAAAUAUCCGCUUGGCUCGUUGGCUGUGCUGGUUCCUGGCAUGUAUUGCCUGCCCGUGUGUGUAUCUCUGCUUUUGGAGGUACCUGGGGUAAAAUUUUGGAAUUGUAUCCCGUCUCU